UUAGCUCCUCCAGCCUGGCCAAGGCCUCUGCCCUCUGCUGCUGGUGGCGAGCCCCAGGCAGGUCGCCACUCGGAGCGGCUUGGCGGGUUUGGUGGGCUUGGCGGCCAUGGCGGGCCUGGUGGGCUUGGUAGUGGUGGGCUUAGCGGGCUUGGCGGCCUUAGCGGGCUUGGUGGUGGGGGGCUUGGCGGCGGGUUUGGUGGUGGUGGGCUUCUGCUUCAGCGUGCCCUCCCUCGCCCACUUCCGCAUCAGACGAGCCAGCUCCGCGUCCCUGGUGGCUCUGGCUCUGGCGGCACCUGCCGCCAUCUUCUCCGACUGCACAAGCAAGCACACGGGAACAGACAAAGGGAAUGACCUUCCUGUCCUCGACCGCUGUUUGGUCCAUCAUUUUGUUACCUCUGCCCACAU